CACGGGGCGGGCCGGCCGGGUCUCCGGGAUUUCGGGCCGCGCGUCGCGGAACCCGCUGCCGCCGGCUGUGUGCCGGGGGCGGCGCCCUCGCCGUGGGGCGCACCGGCCGGCCGGCGGGACGGGAGCGUACGGAGCCGGACGCCCCGAGCGGCGAGGGCAACACCCUCGCUGGACCCGCCGCCCGCCUCUCGCAGCCCCGCGAACUCCCGGGUGGGUCUGGGGCUCGCGCCCAGCCUCGCGCCCCGCACCGGAAACUCUGGGCCUAGACCCGCAUCCCUCCUGCCCGCCGCGGGCACCCGCCGGCACGUGCCACGCCUCCCACCCCGCCCCUCACCUCCGCUGCUGGUCCCGCUGAGCGUCGCGCUGCCCGCUGGCCGCACGCGAUCCGCGAGCCGGGGAAAGGGGACCUGCGGCCGUGACCUUCGUCUGCGGCUGAUGGCAUCGCCUCCGCUGGACCGUCUGGUGCUGACCCACGUAUUGGUCGCCCUUUUCGGCAUGGGCUCGUGGGCUGCGGUCAACGGGCUGUGGGUGGAGCUGCCCGUGGUGGUGAAGGACCUCCCGGAGGGUUGGAGCCUUCCCGCCUACCUCUCCGUGCUGGUGGCGCUGGGGAACCUGGGGCUGCUGGCGGUCACCCUGUGGCGGCGGCUGGCUCCUGGCAGGGGCGAACAGACCCCCAUCCGGGUGGUGCAGACCCUGAGCGUGGUGGGCACGGCCCUGCUGGCCCCACUGUGGCACCGCGUGGCCCUGGUGGCUGAGCAGCUGCACUCGGUGGCUUUCCUGGCCCUGGCCUUGCUGCUGGCGCUGGCCAGCUGUGCCUCCAACGUCACCUUCCUUCCCUUCCUGGGCCGCCUGCCGCCCACCUUCCUGCGCUCCUUCUUCCUGGGCCAGGGCUUGAGCGCCUUGUUGCCCUGUGUGCUGGCCCUGGUGCAGGGGGUGGGGCGCCUUGAGUGCCCACGGGCUGCCACCAACAGCACCCCAGGAACCCCUCAUCACUUCCCUGAGCGGUUUCCCGCCAGCACCUUCUUCUGGGUGCUCAGUGCUCUGCUGGUCGCCUCGGCAGCUGCCUUCCAGGGCCUCCUCCUGCUACUGCCGGUCUCAACACCCUCCCCUGCCACAGACCCCGGGUGUGGCCUGCGGGUGAGAGCCCCAGAGGUGCGGGAAGAGGAACAGGAGGAGGCCUCACCCCUGCAGGAUCUGCCCAACUCAGCUGCCAGCAGUGCCCCCAGCCCAGCUCCUGAGGGUCAGGGGCUGCUGACCAGGCGUACCGCCUGCCUGCUGGGGCUGCUGGCUGUCACCAACGCGCUGACCAAUGGCGUCCUGCCUGCUGUACAGAGCUUCUCCUGCCUUCCCUAUGGCCGCCUGGCCUACCACUUGGCGGUGGUGCUGGGCAGUGCCGCCAACCCCCUUGCCUGCUUCCUGGCCAUGGGCGUGCUGUGCAGGUCCCUGGCCGGGCUGGGGGGUCUCUCCCUUCUGGGCUUGCUGUUUGGGGCCUACCUGAUGGCGCUGGCGAUCCUGAGCCCCUGUCCACCACUGGUGGGCACCUCGGCGGGGGUGGUCCUUGUGGUGCUGUCAUGGGUGCUGUGUCUAGGCAUGUUCUCCUACGUGAAGGUGGCUGCCAGCUCCCUGCUACAUGGGGGUGGUCGAUCGGCGCUGCUGGCAGCCGGCAUGGCCAUCCAGGUGGGCUCCCUGCUGGGCGCCGUGGCCAUGUUCCCACCGACCAGCAUCUACCAGGUGUUCCGCAGUGGGCGGGACUGUGAGGAUCUGUGUCGGCACUGAACCAGGAUUGGCUGCCUGAGUCUCCACACGCCCACCUGGGCUCACCCCACCCCAGCUCUGUGUUCCCCUGCUAGGGCCCUGCUCCAUGGAGAUUUACACAAUAAAGCGUUUUUAUUCCACUUUAA